GCCCAAAUUUCAGCUGCAGUAACACGAUCCCACUUGGCAGAGCCUGAGAGAAUCUUUGGCACAUUGGAAAGAGGCUUAAUGGAAUGUCUUGAGUGCCUGUCCCAAAAAAAUCCUCCAGAAACCCCUCCAGGACGACAUGGAUCGGGCAGAACAACUUUCUGCAGGCAGGAGGAGAAGCUCCCUGUCCCUGGAGCAGAGGAGGAGCAGUGGCUGGAGGACCACGCUGGGGUUUUUGUGUCUGUUCCCUGUGCUGGCUGUGCUGGCAGUUGUGGAAUAUCCAGCUGGAAUCCAGGAAAUUCAGAUGUGCCAGGCUCAGCUGUGCCCAGCCCAGCCCCUGCCCGGCCCAGGCGUUACACCAUCACCCCCGGCCACCUCAAGUGGGACCACUUCAACCUCACCUACAAGAUCCUGUCCUUCCCCAGGAACCUGCUGAGCGCCAGGGCCACGCGCCGCGGGCUGGCGGCCGCGUUCCGCAUGUGGAGCGAGGUGUCCCCGUUCAGCUUCAGGGAGGUCCCCAGGCACCUCCCCAGCGACCUCAAAAUCGGUUUCUAUUCCAUCAACCACACAGACUGCCUGGAGUCUCUGACCCACCACUGCUUCGACGGCACCACGGGGGAACUGGCCCACGCCUUCUUCCCACCCCACGGAGAAAUCCACUUUGAUGACCACGAGUACUGGAUCCUGGGCAACACCAGGUUCAGCUGGAAGAAAGGAGUGUGGCUGACAGACCUGGUGCACGUGGCUGCCCACGAGAUCGGACACGCCCUGGGCCUCAUGCACUCGCUGAACCCCAACGCGCUCAUGCACAUCAACGCCACCCUGACGGGCAAGAAGAGCAUUUCCCAGGACGAGGUGUGGGGAAUCCACAGGCUCUACGGCUGUGAGGACAGGUUGUUUAUGUGCCCAGCGUGGGCCAAGAAAGGCUUCUGUGAGAAGCGCAGGAGGCUGAUGAAGAAGCACUGCCCGUCCAGCUGCGACUUCUGCUACGAAUUCCCAUUUCCAACGGUGCCCCCCACUCUGCCCCCACCAAGGACCAAAACCAAGACAGUUUCUGAGGGCAGGAACGUCACCUUCCGCUGCGGGCAGAAGAUCAUCCAUAAAAAAGGCAAAGUCUACUGGUAUAAAGACAAGGAACUUCUGGAAUAUUCCUAUCCAGGUUAUUUAUCCCUAAAUGAAGAUCACAUGAGCAUCAUUGCAAAUGCAAUUAAUGAAGGAACUUACACUUGCAUAGUGAAGAAAAAAGAAAGAAUCCUGACUACUUAUUCCUGGAGAAUCAGACUGAAGCACUGACCCAGCCCUGGAUUCAGCUCCUGCUCCUGUUUCCAGCUGUUUCUUUGGCAUUUUAGAUUUAAUCUCCAGUAGUGCAACUGAAUUCUCCAGCAGCUGCUUUGGUACCUUGGGCAAAAGAGACUCUGGGACUGGUUACUGGAAUGUCAAACUCCUCCAGAUUCCUUUGAAUGAUAAAGAAUUUAUCAACUAUUUGCUGUACAGAGAAUUAAAAACCUUUUUUUUUUUUGUA